AAAUGAUAAAUCAACAAAUCAGUAAUUACUAAAUUUCAUUAUCAUCACAAGAUACAAUAUAAAAUUAUAAAAUAAAAUUGUUCAAACGUUAAUAGUGUGAUUUCAGAAUCAUUCGAGUUUUAUUUUGGUUGAACUUAUAAUAUUCUCAUCAUUAAGAAUCAUGGCAAUGUUAGAUUUGUGUGGAUUCUCUGAUGAUACUUUAUUUAAGAGCAAAUGUGAACUUGAAGAAAAGGAAGCUUACGAAAGUUUCCGAAAUGACAAUAUUUCAAACCAAAUGAACUUGUACACACUUCCCGGAAACGUAAGUUUUACCAGAAAUCUUUUAAAGUAAUAUUAUUAACAAAAUAGGAUUUCAAUUAAUAACUAUAAUAUUUUUAAGAACUAUUUGUAGAUAGAGUGAAUGGAUUUUGAUGAUUUUUUUUUUUUGUUUACAUUAAAAAUUUAUUUAAGUUUUUCUUUAUUAUGUGACUGAAAUAUUAAUUAUUUAUUUGUGCUUGUCAUAUCAAGAUAUGACAAGCACAAAUAAAUAAUAAUAAUAAUUGACCUUUAUUAUGUGGAAUUAAUUUAAAAUAUUUGUAUACCUACUUUCUAUAUUCAUUUAUUUAUUUCACAAAGGUCUAUAACAAAUAAAUAAUCUUAAUCCACUUUUUGAAUACUCACUCAGAUUUAUAUAUCAUUACUUGUGAUAUUUCAUCUAUUUCUUUAAAUUAUUUUCUUAAAAUAAAGACAUCAUUAUACCAAAAUAAUAAUAAUUUAAUUACUUUUAUUUUUGUGUUGGUUAACAUUUUAUUUAUUUGUCAGUUGUCUGAUUUAAACGUAGCAAACUUACUUUUAUAGAUAUAACAUAGACCCAAGGCCCAACUUAUAUGUAUAAGACACGUUGCCUAAACAGCCAAUCAUCCACGAUACAAACUAGAAAUUGAUAACGUUUAUGGUCCUCCUCAAUCAUUUGGCCUUUUUAAUCGCUGUUAGAAACUGUUUUGGCUGUUAAGUCAAUGCACCUUUUGUUACUCUUAAAAUAUUAAAGUAUAAUAUUUUAUUUCUUUAGAUAUUUCCUUGGAUAAUUGUUUAACAACUGCUUGAUAUUUUUGAAAUUAAGUUAUUCUAUUUAUAAUUAUUAAUGGACUUAAACAUAAAAAAUGCUUUCUAAACAAAUAAUUAUAUCUACCUAUUUAUGCAAUUUAUAUUUAAAUUUAUAUAUAUAUAAUUAUUUUAGCCAGUUGAAAAUAUGCGUGCAAUCACAGCUCGUGAUACAAUGGGUCGACCAGUCGAAUUAAACUUUCACCAUGGUACUACAACACUAGGCUUUUUAUAUCAAGGAGGAAUAGUUUUGGCUGUGGAUUCUCGUGCUACUGGAGGACAAUACAUUGGUUCUCAGUGUAUGAAAAAAAUUGUCGAAAUCAAUGAUUUUAUGUUAGGCACAUUGGCUGGUGGUGCAGCUGAUUGUGUCUACUGGGACCGUGUCCUCUCUAAACAAUGUAGACUACACGAGUUGAGAAACAAAGAGCGCAUUAGUGUAACAGCUGCUUCUAAAAUUAUGUCAAACAUGAUUUAUUACUAUAAAGGUUAUGGAUUAUCUAUUGGAAUGAUGUUGGCUGGAUACGAUAAGAAUGUGAGUACCCAAUUGAACUUUUAAACAAAAAACAAUUUAAUAUAUAUUAUAUAUCUAUCUGUGCUUGAUUUAAUAAUGAUAUAAUAUAUAUUUGUAGACAAACAGUUAAUGUAUUUCUUUACCUAAAAUUAUAUUUUAGGGUCCGUCUUUGUUUUAUAUUGACAAUGAUGGUUCUAGAACACCAGGUAAAGUAUUUUCAGUAGGUUCUGGAUCAAUAUAUGCAUUUGGUGUACUUGACUCUGGUUACAAAUGGGAUCUUACAGAUGAAGAAGCUCAAAAACUUGGUCAGAGAGCAAUCUUCCAUGCUACUCAUAGAGAUGCUUACAGUGGUGGUAUUGUACGAGGUAAAAUCAUUAAGACAUAAUGGAUGAUUACUAUUUAUUAUUUAAUAAAUUAUUUAUCUGUUUUUUAUUUUUAUUUUUUAGUUUAUCAUAUCACUAAAGAGGGUUGGAAGCAUAUUAAGAAUGAAGAUUGUGAUGAAAUAUAUGACAGAGUAAAGACCGAAGUUAAAUAAAUAUUUUACUUUUAAGUAAAUUAUUUGGCAUGGCUGAAAAAAGUGUAUUUUUUUUUAAACGAUUGUUUAAUAAUUCUAAAGUAUUUUAUUUCUAUAUUAUAAAAUGAUUAUUUUAUAGCUGUAAUAAAACUUUCUUAAAACAUAAUAUUUCAAUUGUUCAUGCGUAAUUUCUGAAUCUUUGUAUUAUGAAUUUAAGAAUAUUCAAUCAAUCAAUUUAUCAAUUCUACACUUCUAAUCAUUUUUUAGAAUAAUUUUCAA